ACAGAUACUAUAUCUCUGUUCGAGCAAUGAAUAAUGUAGAAUAUGGAGGUCCUUUGGCUACAACUGUUUGUCAUUCCACACCAAUAUCUGUAGAUAAUUCAGCACCUUUAGCCUUGGAAAUUUAUGAUAUAAGCUACAAUGAAAGAACCUCUACCAUCAGAGCAAAGCACAACUCUAGUGAUCCACAUUCUGGAUUGGCCUACAAUGAUGUAUGUUUAGGGAGAACAAAGAGAGACUGUGUAGAGAUGAAAUGGAUCAGACUUUCAUUUGAUCCUAUCAUAACACUUGUUAGAAUUUUAACUGAUGGUGUUCCAAUCUGGCUGAAAAUCAGAGUAAUCAAUUAUGUUGACAUGCGUACUAUUGUGGUUGCUGAUACACCUAUUAUUAAUGACAAAACUGCACCAUUUUCUGGAGCUGUGAUGGAUGGACCUUUGUAUGGUGAAGAUUUAUUGUACACAAAGUAUUCAGAUAGGAUUUGUGCCAACUGGUUACAUUUCUAUGACCCUGAGUCUGGUAUUGGAUUAUACCUAGUCAGUGUUAGUUCUGUUAAAGAGAUAAAUGUAACAGACAUUGCUAACUUGACAGAGUACAGCAGGACAACACAUGAAGCUUGUGUAGAGCUAACUCCUGAAAACAAUCUGGAACAUGGACAUACUUACUUCACCACAGUGUGGGCAUUUAAUGGUGCUAAUAACCAGAAAAAUGCUUCAGCUAUUUCUAAUGGAGUGACUGUAGAUCUAACAGAGCCAGUUUCUGGUCGUGUUAUUGAUGGAAACAAGACAGAUUUUAAAGAUAUCCAGUUCUCUGGUAAUGCAGCUAAAGUAGAGGUUCAAUGGAAAGAUUAUCAUGAUCCUGAAUCAACAAUCAAACAGUAUGAAGUGCAAGUUCAAGCAGCACCAAAUUUAACUGACAACUACAAAAUUACCAGAGAUUUUGAGCCAUAUUCUAACACAACAGACAGUGUAAAAUGGCUAAAUUUUCAUUUUCAACAUAAAGACAAAGUAAAACUUUUCCUUCGUACUACAAAUGGAGCUCAUAACUCUAUAAUGAACUCGACUGAUGGCUAUGUUAUAGAUCUUACACCACCAAAGCUAUUGUAUUUAGGAGAUGGAUUGGUUCAACAUAAAGAUCUAGAAUUCCAGUCAGAUGCCAAAAAUCUUUCAUGUAAUUUCAAGUUUAUUGAUGAAGAAUCUGGAUUAGAUCAUUUUCAAAUACAGAUUUAUGAACAGUAUCAAAGUAUAAGAUCACUUAUUUUCCCAGCAACUGAAAAUGAUUGGAUGCAGUUUGAUGAUGAGACCAUAAAUGAAUUCACCGACUACAGUCUAGAUUUGCUGCAAGGCGCUGUAUACAGUAUCAGAAUAGGAGCUGUCAAUAAAGCAGGAUUUGUGGGAGCUUUUGAAACAAAUGGUGUAAAAAUAGACAGAACUCCUCCAAUUGUUAAUCAGCUUCAUGUGAACACUUUGACUGAUGAUGAAGAACAAGUUGUAUAUGGUUAUGUGUGGCAAGCUGAUGCAAAAGGUAUUAAGGCAGCAUGGCAAGCUUCAGAUCAUCAGUCGGGAAUUGUUAGUUUCAAGAUAGCUGUUGGAACAACACCAGGUGGAACUGAGGUGAAGCCAUGGACAGAUAUAGAAUUAAAGAAAGAUACAUACAUAGAUGGAUUGUCACUAGUAGUCAGUGAUAUUGUCACCAAGACCCCAGUUUAUUAUGUCGGUUUAGUGGCAAUCAAUGGAGCCGGCCUAGAAAGUCCACCAGUGGUGUCUACGCCAAUAGUGGUAGUUGAAUCAGAUAGACCAGGUAUAGUUAUUGAUGGAACAGACAACACAGACCAUGAUCCUCUAUCUGACAUCGGUUUUGACAUUGAUUACCAGUCUGACAUUUCUACUAUCAGUGUACAGUACACUGGAUUUGAGAGCCAUCUCCAUGGUGUCAUGGACUAUGAAUGGGCUGUAGGAACAACUCCAGGUGGACAAGAUGUUACCACAUUUUCAUCUGAUGGAAUUUUACAUGUAGAAGAGCAAAAUAUUGCUGGAGAUGGGAUUUCAAGCUCUGGGUAUGCACAAGUAAAUACUCCUAUCAAACCUGGAACGACAUAUUAUUCUACCAUCAGAGGUAUCACUAAUGCUGGAAAUAUUAUUGAGUCUGUAUCAGAUGGAAUUACUGUAGACGUACUACCACCAAACAUUAUUUUAGAUAGGCUAUCAGAUAAUAAUGCUAUUGAUGGUGAUAUAGGACCAAGUUCUUCAAUGUAUAAAAGUACAGCUGAUUCCCUGUCUGCCUUAUGGCACUACAAUGACACAGACGGUGAAGUAAUAAGGGCCUGGUAUUCUGUUGGGACAUAUCCAUAUGCUGAGGACAUAUCACCUAGAUCUGAAGUGAAUAUAUCCUCUACACAAAGUAGUUACUUAGAAGUUGGCUCUGUAAAACCUGACACUGGAGGCAAACCUAAUAUAAUCAGUAUCUGGGCAGAAGACAAAGCUGGUUUGAUAGGUAGAACUACAUUUGGUUCAGUUAUCAUUGAUACCAGUCAACCAGGAACUGGUUAUGUAUCUUGUCCAGAAUACAUGGGUAUGGAGAGCCCAAUAUUGUGUUCCUGGUCAGGAUUUCUAGAUGAAGAGAGUCCAAUACAGAAAUUCAUGAUCACUCUUGGAUCAGAACAAGGGUCUUCAGAUAUUUUUGAAACAACUCUCAGUGGAUUUUUAUCCUCUUAUACCAUAAAGGGUGCCAAUUAUCAAUUAGACCAUGGCAGUUCAUGCUUUGCUACAGUCACAGCAGUAAAUUCAGUUGACAUGGAAACAUAUGCCUUUUCUGGACCCAUCUCUAUUGAUACAACACCACCUAAACAUGGGAAAGUGGUGGACCUGCAUACAGUCUACAGAAUCAAUGUCAAUGACAAUAGUCAAACUGUGGCAAUGAAUGCUAAAAUAUGCAGUACAGAUGAAGAAUGUGAUGGAUUAGAUGCUGUAUGCUCAGAAUCCCUCACAUCUGUAUCAGCAACAUGGCAGCUCUUUUCUGAUGAUGAAUCAGGGAUUGUUGGGUACCAGAUAGCAGUAGGAACAACACCAGGUGGAGGCCAGAUCAAAGCUUUUUUUGAUGUUCCGCAAGAUGCUAGAUAUUACACAGUGUCAGGUCUGAGUCUGAUGGGAUAUAGAAAGGUUUAUGUCUCUAUCAGAGGAACAAAUGGAGCUGGGUUAUCAAGUGUAGCUACUUCCAAUGGAGUAUAUCUAUCAUACCUAAGUCAGGGUCUACAACCACUAUCACAUAUUGGCAUCAAUGAUGUACUAGACAACUCUGGGCUUGAUAUAGAUUUCCAGGAAAGGCUUGACACACUUCAAGCAUCAUGGGAUUUGUCAGGUGAUCCAUGUCCAUCUGUGAGAAAUGAAUGGCAAAUACAGAAGUUGGAUAGAGAAGUUGUUUCAGAAUGGCUUGACAUUGCUGACGCAGAAGACGCAAAUUUAGAUGGACUAAAUCUUAGAAGUGGAGAAUUAUAUUAUUCUUUAUUGAGAGUGACAAAUGCAUUGAACUAUACUUACAUAAUAAGGUCCAAUGGAGUUACUGUUGAAGAUGAUCCACUUAUUCCAGGCAGCGUGUUCGAUGGAUAUAUAACUGGAUUUGAUUUGAAUGUUCAACCCUCUACCCGUAAAAUAUCUGCUAACUGGGAUGGUUUUGGUUUACUUGCUUAUGAUGUAUUUCAGGCAGAUGUUGAAGGUAACCAGGGUUAUCAAGCUAAUGAUUCAAAUACAGCAGACCAACCCAAUGCUCAGGAAAUAAUGUAUUAUGAAGUAGCUGUUGGAACAGAUAGAACAUUUGCUAAAACCAGAGAUAAUAUUGUACCAUUUACCAAUGUUGGUUUGAACAAAUCUGUUACGUUUUAUGAUCUUAACCUAGCAUCAGGAACGGCAAUGUACUACUUCACUGUUAGAGCCUACAGUGUGUCAUACUCCGUUGCCAUGGUUACAUCUAAUGGUUUCCAUGUUGGAUAUGAUGGUGGUGUUCAAGGUGGAUCCAUCAUCAUGGGUGACUAUGUUAACAAUGCUACCUAUGUAGACAUACAGUUUGACGGUUUUACAUCUAAGCUAGAAAUAAUGAUGUAUUAUGUGGGUCUAUCCAACAACACAGAAGCUGUAGGAACAGAUUGUAAACAAUAUAUGGAUGGAAAAAGUGAUAUCAAUGAGAAAAAUGCAUUUAAUGUUGUACCACUGCUUAACAUAAACAAGAAUACAUUCUACAGUCUGACAUCAUUACACUUGCAACUUGGAGGAACCUACUAUGCUUGGGUUAUAGCUACAGAUGAAUCAGGAGACUGUGGAAUGAUUUAUCACAAAUUCACAGUGGAUACAACACCUCCAUUGUAUGGUGCUUUGACUGCUGGACCAUUUUAUAACAUGGGAUUUGUAUACACCUCAGACAAUUCAACUAUUAGAGUCCAGUGGACAAAUUACAGUGAUCCUGAGUCUGAUAUAGCAACAUAUGAAGUUUCAUUAUGGAAGAACACCUCAUGUUAUGUCAGUGCAGAAGAGAUAUUGGUAGUUGAUUGGAUAGAACUGACCAGCAACUAUACAGAGUACAGCUUUGUUAAUUUAAAUCUUACAAUGAACAUUCCAUAUACAGUUCAAAUAAGAGUUACAAAUGAAGCAGGACUUUCAAUUAUUGGGAAAUCCUCCCCACUUUUGUAUGACCCUUCCAAACCUGUAUCAGGUACUAUAGUUGAUGGUCCAGACUUUACAACACCACAUGUUUGGUUUAGUUCUACACAGACAAUUACAGGUUCAUUUUUGCACUUAGCUAAUCCAGUUGGCUCAGCAUGUCCAGCAAGAUUUAUUUCGAUGAUCAAUGAUCCUGACUGGAAUACGUUACAACAGAUUGGUCUUAAAGAUCCAAGUGGCAAGAAAUGGUCCCUUAAGUAUCAACUAGAGAACAUCUUUAGAAAUAUUUAUGAGGAGACAGUUUCAAUAAAGCUUGCAAGGGACCAUAAAAAACACCAGAUGCUGACUGGAGCUUAUUACAGACCUUCUAGUUUAUUAAAUGGAGGCACAUAUCAUAUUUCAGUGAAACCAGCAAAAGGACUUGGAAUUGCUGCGACAGAAAUUUUGUUUUGGGAUGGACCAGAAACUAGUAUUGCUUCCUAUGAAUAUGAAGAAGAUGUUGACUGGGCUUCAUCUGUAUGUCAGUGUUGUUUGUUGGAUCCAGUACCGGAGGAAUGUGACUACUGCAAUUGUUCCAGAUAUUUAUCUGAUAAAUAUGGAAACAGCACACUGCCUUCAGUACCAAGUACAACAAUAGCUACAACAGAUCAGACAACAAUACCACCACCGUAUAAAAUAGUCAAUAAUCCUGAUGACAGUGUUGUUUCUGAACCAGUAGAUACAAGUACACCGUUGGCUCAAAAGUCCUGUGGUAUUCAGAUUCUUUAUGGUCAAAAUUCAAAAAUUGUGACAUGGUGUCGGUUCUUUGAUGAUAUGUACCCUAGUUUAAAGACAUCAGUUGAAUACAACAUCACAGGAGAAUUCCUUAAUUUCAAAAUAGUAUUUAAAAAAGAGAUGGAUAGUGCAGUUGACAUUUCUUCGUGUCUUGUGGUAUAUGUAAAUGAUGAAGAAUUAACUGAGCUUUGUGGAAUACCUGAUCUGAGUGAAACAACAAAUCUAGUUCUGCAUGUUUUCAAUCGUGACAAUUAUGUUCCAGAGAUUACAGAUGUAUUUAAUAUGUUCUCUACGAGGGCAGUUUUCAAAAAUCUUAUACUACCACCACCAACUGGUGCACUUUGUCGCUAUGGUGAUCCUUUUAGAGGUGGAACUAAUCCAAUAAUAAGAUAUGAAGUUGGUAUUGGGAGCGACAAGUUGUUAACAGAUAUUGUACCCUUUAGGGAAGUCAUAGAACCAUGUAUCCCUUGCUUUGGGGAAUGUCCAAACUACAACUGUGACCAGGAUUGUGAUCAUAAUAAACUUGUGGACUACAGUUUUACUUUGACGAACUUAGAUAUUGCACCAUAUGUAAUAGAUUUGAAUGAAACAGGACAUUCGUAUAAUAAAACUGUAAUAUACUAUCUAACAGGAAAGGCUGUGACUGGAUCUGGAGAUAGUGCUGUAUCCUCAUCGUCAGGAUUUUAUAUCGAUAUCACAGGUCCUGUGUUUGACCUUGACAUAAUGCUAAGUUCACCAAUUUAUAGUGAUGUAACACGAGGAGAGUUUCAGCCAGUCAAGUACCAAGCAUCAAAUAGCACCAUUAAAGCUUUUUGGAGAUGUACUGAUGAAGAAAGUCAAAUAAUGGAGAACUUUUGGGCCAUUGGGAAAACCCCUGGUGGAACAGAACUUCAAGAAUUUCAGUCAGUUGGCCUCAAUGUAACUGGCAUAAAUUCAUCAUUUGAGGGCAUUCUCCAACAUAACCAUACAUAUUACGUGUCUAUUAUCUGUAUCAAUGGAGGUGGGAAACCUACUCAAUGGAAUGAUACUUAUGGUGUUGUUCCUUUGUUAGAACUACCAGAAGUAGAUACUUUAAACAAUACAGUCUUAGGAGCAGUUAAACCAUUUGAUGAACCAGUGAUACCUUCAGAUGCCAUGGAGAGUACAGACCCUGAUAGUAUAGGAUUUACCUUUACUGUUAGUGAAGAUAAGUCUGUUAAUAAAUAUGAUCUGUGUAUUGGAACAGAUAAAAAUAAAGAUGAUAUUUUCCCUUGUGUUUGGGUGGGAUAUAAUAUAUCUGGAUCAGCUUCUAUCAAAGAUGGAUAUUUGUUAAUUGAUGAUGUAAGAGUAAGACCUCUGUCAGAACUGCAGAACAGAUUUUGGAAUGUAUCUGGGGACCAAACACAGAACACAACAAGUGUAUUCCAUAUGGAACCUGGCAGGACGUUGUUUCUGACUAUGAGAGUUUGUAAUGAAGCAGAACUCUGUACUAACAAGUCAAUAGGAAGUGUACUGAUAACCAAUACAGAAUCAAUAAUAAAAAGAUCAGAACAUGGAGAAUCUAUUAAAAUUGUAGACAAUAUUGCAGUAGACUCUACCAGGAGAAAAAGAAGUGUAGAAACAAUUGUUUUAACAACUCCGGAAGGAUUAAUACCAGGUCAAACGAUUGUACUUCAGCCAAUAUCUGAAGAAGAUCUAACAACAGAAUACAGAUCUGAUUCCACAUCUGAUUUUCAGCCAUACAUAGUUAACCCAGCAACUACCCUGGAUAUGGUGGAAAGAUUAUUGUACAAGAGAAUACAUUCCAUGGUAAUGACAUUUUCUGUAAUACCAGUUGGUCACCUGCCUAUGCCAGGACCAAUGAAUAUAACAUAUCCUGAUACUGUUGGAGAGAAUGAAGACAACAGAACUGUAUUGGCACACUGGAAUGCUGCUCUACAGCAGUGGCAGUUGAGUAGUAUGACCUGUGGUAAAACCUCAAUGUUGGAGAUUGAUAAUGAAGAUAGAACAAAGACUGUUGAGGUUUGCAAAACAUGGACAGGUGACGUAAUCAACAACAACAUAAGUGAAGGAAAUAUGUCCUAUUUCUCAGAAGAGACACAAUUUGCUGUGUUUAUUGUAUCAAAUAAAGUGUAUAAUUCUCCACCAAUACUCCUCAGUGACAGAUUAAUUACCAUGGAUGAAGAUGAAGGAACAUUACAAUACCAGUUGGAGGCAUUUGAUGAAGAAGGUGAUGUAAUCAAAUUCAGUCUGGCAAAUCAGACAAACAAUCUUAGUAGUAUUGAACCACUGCCAUUAGAAGAUGGUCUACUAUUGUAUACUCCAUGCACAGAUUGUUCAGGCGUUGAAACCUUAACAAUCAUCCUAACGGAAGUACAGACCAAUGAAGAUAUACCUCCAGCCAGCGGUGAAGCAAUGCUUAUCAUUACCAUUUUAGAUUAUAAUGACCCACCAGAAAUAUUCCUAACCCAGUAUGGUCAAUAUAUUUUAUCAUCUGAUCCAACAGAACCAGUUUUGGUUUACUUAGAACAGAGAAACACAUUUAACAAGGGGAAAUGGACACAGGAUUUCACUGCAGAAAUAGGAGCAUUUGAUGUUGAACAAAACAAUCUACAUAUAGAAGUAUAUGAACCAAGUUAUGGUACAGUUCUUUUCUUGGAUGAAAAAACAACAAUUCCUGAUAUAAAUUAUUGUGAGACAACAUUAAAUGUAACUACUGAUUCCUGUGUUAUUUUACCGCAUACUAAAGAUAGCAUGUCAUGGAUUUAUACCACAUUGACCUACAAACAGGCCAUGAAUGUAUCUGGAUAUGAUGUAGCUAAAUUGUAUGUCUCAGAUCCUAUGAAUACUUCAUCAGCUGUUGUGACAAUACAGUUUGUUUUAAUGAAACUCCCUUGUCAGAAUGAUGGGUCUUGCCAAGCAAAGAAUGGCAGUAACUACCCCUGCACCAGUACCUAUAGAGCAGACAGUUUUGACUUGUAUUAUGACUGUGCCUGUUUACCUGGCUGGACAGGUGUUUACUGUGAAGAGAACAUUGAUGAAUGCCUAAGUUCACCAUGUCAGGAACCAUAUGAAUGUAAUGAUGGUGUUAACAUGUAUGACUGUAGAUGUCCACCAGAUGAGCCUAAUUGUGAUUUUCAAAUUUGGACUAUCCCAGUGAUAGUUCUGGGAUUUCUUUUGAUAGUAGCCAUUAUGGUAGCUUGUUUGAAGAAAAGAUUUCAAAAGAAGAAAGACCAAGUUGACCCUUUGAUUCAGCAAAGUGAUAUGGAAGAGAACAAUGCAUCUUUUCUCCAACCUAUUCGUAAAAUUGAAGCUAAAAGGAAAACUGAAAAGUUAAAGCUUCAACAUCAAGAUCACACAAAGAGCCCUGAUAGUGAACCAAAAUCAACAACUGAAGCAGGAAGUAUUUCAUCAAAUCCAGAGGUGAAAGCAUUUCAUUUAAAACCAAUUAGAACAAUUGCAAAACAGAAAAAAGUAAAUUUGAAUCAAAAUAAGGGUACAUCUGCACAAGCUAUGUCAUUUAGUAGAUACGAUAUUGGCCAAUACAAGAAGAAAAGAGACAAUGAUACUUGACAAUUUUAUGUGUGUGUGUUUUAUUUUAUACUCGAUAGAAAACUUUUUAAUUAAUAUAUCAUGUACAUAAUUUUAAUUUUUUAAAUCACAUUUUGUUUUGCUACAUUACGUUUUAAUCUUAACUGGCACAAAGUUUUGUUAUCAUCAGUUUGCUUGUAUCAUCAUUGUGGGUUAACUGUAAAACAACGUUUGUCAUUGGCCAAAAUGCUUGAAAAAUCAUGAAAAUUUCAACAAAAUGUAUUCAUCUUUAGCUUUUACGACUUUUCCACAUAGUAACAAUGUAUACUUAAUUGUAAAGAUUAUUUUUACCAAGAUUCAAAAACUUUCAAACUCAUGAUAUCCAGAGAACAACUCUUUUUUCAACAAUAAAAAACAACAAAGACAGACAUUGAGUUAUUAUUAGCAUACAUGUAAUUGAACAACCAGUGUUUUUUAAUGUUUCAACCAGUAUUUCAUAAUGUAUACUUAUUCUCAUAUUAAAGCAAAAUAAUUGUAAUCAUUUAUUAUUAAACUCAUUAGCAUAUAAAUGUAUUCUCUUUAUA